GUACAAAAAAAAAAACCUUCAUUCAUUUCAUUUAUUUCUUUUACGAUGUCAUCAAGAAAUUAUGGAUCAAGAACAGGCAGAGCGCCGUAUGUUCAAAAAAUUAAACUAUGCAACAACAAUAACAAAAUUACUACGAGAAAGCCAACAAAGUUAUGUUCUAAAUGCAGAGAGGCGAAAGAUUGUGUUAGCUUAUUUUCAAGUAAAGUAAAUCGGAUUGAAGAGAUCGUUAAUAAUUGUCAUAAACAUUCGAAAAAGAAGAUCGAACAAAUUUCCAAAUUCAACACUAAAUUUUCAUUAAAUAACGUACCUUGUGAAUUGGAAUAUGAUUUAUCAAAUUUCACGUUAGAAAAUUUGCAAAAAUUGGCGAUUUUCACAACUCAAAAUUGCGGUAAUAAUAAUAGUUAUAAUGAUAAAGAUAAACAUCCCUAUUAAAUAAACUCAAAAUUGCUGUAAGAUAAUGUUUGACAAUCACUCCUUUUACUCAUAAUUAAUAAUAUUACCAUCAUCAUUUUCUAUUAUCAUUCUAUUUGUCUAACAAGUUACAGUUUUUUAUUAUGAUUUAUAUU